UUAUAUUCAGCUCAGUCGUCAUCCUCGAGAAGUAAUCUCUAUGACUUGAACUGGUUGAAGCCAUUUGUGGAAGGUAACGUGCCGAAACGUUUUAAUAUUAAGAAGAAUAAUUGUAAUUUCACAAAAUGGCAGCAAUCAGUUUAUUAAAUCCGAAAGCUGAAUUCGCACGAGCUGCACAGGCAUUAGCUGUGAAUAUUUCGGCAGCAAAAGGAAUUCAAGAUGUGAUGAAGACAAAUCUCGGCCCAAAAGGCACCAUGAAAAUGUUGGUGUCUGGAGCGGGUGACAUUAAAAUCACAAAAGACGGCAAUGUAUUAUUACAUGAAAUGCAAAUACAGCAUCCAACAGCUUCACUUAUUGCUCGAGCAUCUACUGCUCAAGAGGAUAUCACUGGAGAUGGUACUACUAGUACUGUGUUAAUCAUUGGAGAACUACUUAAACAAGCUGAUAUUUAUAUAUGCGAGGGACUUCAUCCUAGAAUGCUCACAGAAGGUUUUGAUUUGGCUAGAAUCAAAACAUUGGAAAUAUUAGAAUCUAUGAAGAUUAAUAUUGAACCUACAAAAGAAAGUUUGAUGGAUAUUGCAAGAACAUCUCUUAAAACUAAAAUUCAUCCAACUAUUGCGGAUAAGCUGACUGAAAUCUGUGUGGAUGCAGUGUUAGCUAUUAGACAAGAGGAUAAAGAUAUUGAUUUGCAUAUGGUUGAAUUAAUGGAGAUGCAGCAUAGAACUGCAGCAGACACAGAUUUAAUUCGUGGUAUUGUAACCGAUCAUGGAUCCAGACAUCCAGAUAUGCCCAAGAGAGUAGAGAAUGCUUACAUUUUGACAUGUAAUGUUAGUUUAGAAUAUGAGAAGAGCGAGGUAAACAGUGGUUUCUUUUAUAAAACUGCAGAGGAACGCGAGAAGCUUGUGGCAGCAGAACGCAAAUUCAUAGACAAUCGAGUGAAGAAAAUUAUUGAAUUGAAGAAGAAAUUAUGCGACGGAACGGACAAAUCAUUUGUUAUUAUAAAUCAAAAGGGAAUUGACCCACCAUCUUUAGAUAUGCUUGCCAAAGAAAAUAUUCUGGCUUUGCGUAGAGCAAAACGCAGAAAUAUGGAACGUUUAGCUCUAGCCUGUGGUGGAGUAGCCAUGAAUUCGCUGGAUGAGUUACAGGAAGAACAUUUAGGAUGGGCUGGACUUGUAUAUGAACAUGUAUUGGGGGAAACUAAGUACACGUUUAUAGAAGAAUGUAAGAAGCCAAAUUCUGUAACAAUAUUAAUGAAGGGACCAAACAAGUACACUUUAGAACAACUAAAAGACGCUAUCAGGAAUGGUCUAAGAGCUAUCAAAAAUGCUAUUGACGAUCGUGCUAUUAUUCCCGGUGCUGGAGCUUUCGAGGUUGCUGCUAGUCAGGAACUUCAACAGUACAAAGAAACAGUAAAAGGAAAACAGCGUCUGGGUGUGCAAGCUUAUGCCGAAGCAUUACUCAUCAUUCCAAAAUACCUUGCUAUAAAUAGCGGAUUCGAUGCACAAGACACAAUUGUGAAAUUAUUUGAGGAAAGAAAUACAUUGGGCGAAGCGGUUGGAUUAGACGUUUCAACAGGUGAAGCAUUAAAACCUGCUGACGCUGGAAUUUACGAUAAUUAUAACGUAAAGAAACAAAUUAUUAAUUCAUGCACAAUUAUUGCCAGCAACCUGCUUCUGGUUGAUGAAAUAAUGAGAGCAGGGUUGUCAUCUCUGAAAGGCUAAAUCGCUUUUAAGUAUUACUUAAUUGAAAACCCGUUCUUGGAUAUUAGAAGUUAUAUUAUAUCUAAUUUAAACAUCUCGUUUGCACGAAGUCUAUGGAAACUUCCGCAUAAUUCUUACGUUUUUGUAUGCUUUUGAAUAACACAAGUGAAUUGCACCAAAUAACAAAUAAAGUGCUAUUUUUAAAUUGAAGAA